ACUCACACGCUUCUCUCAACUACGACCAGAGAGGGACGGGCGGAGAAAAACACGAAGCUCAAUGUGCGCGAAAGCAAUUCUUCAAAGGAAAGCAAAUGGGUGAAUUCCCAGGACCUUCUGCCAUUAUUAGAAGUUCUUGAAGAGUGUGCAGGGCAGCGGAAGCAGAGAUAAAAGUUGUUUGUAUGUUUCAUAUACUUUACCCCUUUCCGUUCUCUGUUUAUCACAGCUUUCUGAGCGUACUCUUGCGUUCUCGGGCUGUCUUCGUGCUUUCCGUCUUCGUCCUUUUUCUGUCUGCUUCACGUGACACGUCAAGGGACUCAGAUUCAGAUUUGACUUCACCCCCUCCCAAACUUCGAGUUGUUCACAUGCCAUCUAAAUUUCUAUCAUGAUCCGCGGAACACUUGGUAGACCUGACCGGGCCCUCUAUCUCCGAUAUAGCGGCUGAUAGAGGUUCUCUCUGUAGUGUACCUUAAUGGUCGUGCGAGCACCAUCGUAGGAAUUGGGAACUUCUUCAUUUGACUGAUGGUUGAAGAGAUCUGAAAGUAUGAAAGAAAUUGACAAAAGAAAAGCUUCAAGGAAUAGUCAGGCAAAGAGUUCUAGAAGAACUGAAAGGAGAGAGAAUAAAGUGCGCCAAGAUAAUUCAUCCAAAACUGAGAAUGUAAAAGAAACUGAAUCAAAGAUUAAGCCAACAGUAAAGAAUUUUGUAAAUGAUUCAAACACGGUUUCAGAGGCUUCCGAAACUUAUGAAAGCUUGGUUAUACAUUAUGUAGAUGAUGUCAGCAGGUCUGAGGAGGCCCCUGUCGAGGUGAAAGAUAAUGAAACGGUUCCCAAAGAAAACAAGAACGAUGUACUUCAUGAUCAUUCUAGUGAUAUGGAGAAAGAGCAGAAGGAAGGUAAUGAAGAGGGUUCAGAUACUGAGACAGUGAAGGAUUCGGUAUCAUCCCAAGGAGAUUCUAUCAUGGUUGAGGAUGAAAAAGUAGAAAGAAUUUCAAGAGAUCCUAGAACUAAGGUAAAAGUGAUUUCCUCGGAAGGUAAUCACAGGUCAAGGGAGAGAACUAACAGAAGGGAAAAUACAGUGCAGAUGAAGGUAUCAAGUAAUAGCAAUCAGAAAAAACCUGGAAAUUCAAAUAGAGGGCAUGCUGGAGUUACCAGCAAAAAUAACUCCUUGCAUAACAAGACUGCAAAAUUUCCUGCAAAACCUUCGUCAGAAUCUUCUGAAGGAGUUGAUGAAAAACCUGUUCAAGAGAUCAAGGAACUUGAUGUCCUGGAUGGAACCUCAAAUGGUACUCACAGUUUAGCAAGCGAAGAUGAAAGUGAUGAAAAAGCUGAAGCCCAAGAAAAUGGUGAACAUGAGGAGGUGGCAGCUUUGGAAUCAAGAAUUGAGGAAAUGGAGUUCAGAAUUGAAAAACUUGAGGAGGAGCUGAGGGAAGUUGCUGCUCUUGAAAUAUCACUUUAUUCUGUUGUCCCGGAGCAUGGAAGCUCAGCACACAAGGUGCACACACCUGCUCGGCGUCUUUCCAGACUCUACAUUCAUGCUUGUAAGCAUUGGACCCAAGACACGCGAGCUACAAUUGCUAGGAAUGCUGUUUCCGGCCUUGUUUUGGUUGCCAAGUCUUGUGGUAAUGAUGUUUCAAGGUUAAGUUUCUGGCUGUCAAAUACCAUUGCACUGAGGGAAAUAAUUUCACAAACAUUUGGGAAUUCAUGUCAGUCUAGCCCCCUUAGGCGGCUGGCUGAGUCAAAUGGGAAGCCUAACGCACCAAAAUGGAAAGGGAACUCCAAUAGUAAACACAUGAAUGGCCUUCUGCAGCUGGCCGAAGAUUGGCAGGAUACAGGAACCUUCACAUCUGCAUUAGAAAAAGUAGAAUCUUGGGUGUUCUCUCGAAUAGUGGAGUCAGUGUGGUGGCAGGCUUUGACUCCAUACAUGCAGCCUCCAGUCAGGAAUUCCUCUGCAAAUGGAUCCACUUGGAGGUUGUUGGGACCUUCCUUGGGUGAUCAGAAGCAAGGAAGCUUUUCCAUCAAUCUUUGGAGAAAUGCCUUUCAAGAUGCUUUUCAAGGACUUUGUCCUGUUCGAGCAGCAGGGCACGAGUGUGGUUGUUUGCCUGUACUGGCUAGAAUGGUCAUGGAACAGUGCAUAGGCAGACUAGAUGUUGCAAUGUUCAAUGCUAUACUGCGGGAGUCAGUCCACGAGAUUCCAACUGAUCCUGUAUCAGACCCUAUUGUGGAUUCAAAGGUUCUGCCAAUUCCAGCUGGAGAUUUAAGCUUUGGGUCUGGUGCACAACUUAAAAAUUCUGUAGGAAAUUGGUCUCGAUGGCUUACUGACAUGUUUGGGAUGGAUGCUGAAACCUGUGCACCUGAAGAUGAGAACUGUGAACAUGACAGGCGGGGUGGAGAUGGUGAACCUCAAUCUUUUCCUCUCCUGAACGAUUUGAGUGACCUCCUUAUGCUCCCAAAAGACAUGCUUAUGGACAGACAUGUCAGACAAGAGGUCUGUCCAUCUAUUAGUCUUCCAUUGGUUAAACGGAUACUCUGCAACUUCACUCCGGACGAGUUCUGUCCAGACCCUGUUCCUGGUGCCGUCUUAGAAGCGCUGAAUGCCGAGUUUAUUGCGGAGAGAAGAUUGUCAGGAGACUCAACCAGAAGUUUCCCAUAUGCUGCUGCUCCAGUUGUGUAUAGCCCUCCUUCCUCAGCUAAUGUGGCAGAGAAAGUUGGAGACGCAGGAUGCAAGUCUCACUUGGCAAGAAAUGCGUCAGCUGUUCAGCGGAGAGGCUAUACGAGUGAUGAGGAAUUGGAGGAACUGGAAUCUCCUCUUACAUCCAUCAUUGAUAAACUGCCUUCAUUUCCAUCAGCUCAUGGACAAGACAAGCCCAAUGAACUAAACACUCGCACCAGCACCAAUGCUAGAUACCAGCUCCUUCGUCAAGUCUGGUCCACGUGAAAUGUGCAGAAAAGAUAUUUUGGGGGGGGGGGGGACGAAAAAGAAUAGAAAGAUUCUAGAUGACUGAAAAUCUCGAGUUAUAAUAAUCCGACUUAAGCCGGUAUAUAUGAUCAGGUCCUGUGUAGCGUAGCGUUGAAUCAUUUUUACUGUUUACCAAAGAGUCUGUUAUGAAAAAACAGUGCACAGAAACCUUAUAUAAUGUUUGAGGUUACUGUUUCUUUGCUUCUUGGUUGGAAUUAAAAUGGGUUUGAA